AUGACUUGUCAGAGACAAAUUCAGGCAGAUUUCAGGAGAGCAAAAUUUAAAGGAUUAGAGAAAGCCAUAUUCCAAGCCAAAGACCGGGGGCCAUGGAGAAGUAGGUUGCAUGCCUUAUACGCCAAAAUGGAGGAUAUAAAUGCCCAUCACACUCUUUGGGGCUACAAUAAUAAUGAUAGAGGAGAAACACUACUUGAUUUUUUAAAGACCAACAACUUACUCAUAAUCAAUAAAAAUGGUGCUCCAACAACUUUUGAAACAACAACACUAAUAGGCUGGCCAGACCUCACAAUAACAAACUCAAAUAGUCUCCAAAAUUUCCUAGACUGCAAAGAUACUUAUCCUCUGAUCACAAAUAACAACCAAAGACACUUAUCCUUUGUCACAAAUAACAAAGAUACUCAUCCUCUGAUCACGAAUAACAACCAAAGACACUUAUCCUUUGUCACAAAUAACAAAGAUACUCAUCCUCUGAUCACGAAUAACAACCAAAGACACUUAUCCUUUGUCACAAAUAACAAAGAUACUCAUCCUCUGAUCACGAAUAACAACCAAAGACACUUAUCCUUUGUCACAAAUAACAAAGAUACUCAUCCUCUGAUCACGAAUAACAACCAAAGACACUUAUCCUUUGUCACAAAUAACAAAGAUACUCAUCCUCUGAUCACGAAUAACAACCAAAGACACUUAUCCUUUGUCACAAAUAACAAAGAUACUCAUCCUCUGAUCACGAAUAACAACCAAAGACACUUAUCCUUUGUCACAAAUAACAAAGAUACUCAUCCUCUGAUCACGAAUAACAACCAAAGACACUUAUCCUUUGUCACAAAUAACAAAGAUACUCAUCCUCUGAUCACGAAUAACAACCAAAGACACUUAUCCUUUGUCACAAAUAACAAAGAUACUCAUCCUCUGAUCACGAAUAACAACCAAAGACACUUAUCCUUUGUCACAAAUAACAAAGAUACUCAUCCUCUGAUCACGAAUAACAACCAAAGACACUUAUCCUUUGUCACAAAUAACAAAGAUACUCAUCCUCUGAUCACGAAUAACAACCAAAGACACUUAUCCUUUGUCACAAAUAACAAAGAUACUCAUCCUCUGAUCACGAAUAACAACCAAAGACACUUAUCCUUUGUCACAAAUAACAAAGAUACUCAUCCUCUGAUCACGAAUAACAACCAAAGACACUUAUCCUUUGUCACAAAUAACAAAGAUACUCAUCCUCUGAUCACGAAUAACAACCAAAGACACUUAUCCUUUGUCACAAAUAACAAAGAUACUCAUCCUCUGAUCACGAAUAACAACCAAAGACACUUAUCCUUUGUCACAAAUAACAAAGAUACUCAUCCUCUGAUCACGAAUAACAACCAAAGACACUUAAAAAAGCCAUUAUUAAAAAAAAUUUUAUUUCUAGAAAUUUUACUGGAACUUAUAUGA